ACCAAAAAACAAAAAUGCACUGAUUUAUUCAACCCGUAUAUAUGGUAGCUCAUUGUUCGAAAAUUCACCCAAAAGACAAAAACUUUAUACUUACGUGGCAAAAUCUGGAAGAUUCGUACGGCCUUUAAACCCUAAACAAUUUUCUCCUAAACCUGACUUCUGUGCUUAUUAGGGUUUUUGCUAUUAGCCCUUCCUUUUUCUUAUCUCUCUCUGUGAAAUUCAUCAUUUUCAACAACUACAAUGGCUCUAGCUCUAAUGGAACCCACAACUUCCACAGCCCCACAAAACUUUAAACCCCUUGUAGGCAAAAACUACGAGUUCAAGCUAAACCAAUCAAUCCAAGACCUUUUAGCCGAAAUCCACAAAGAAACCCCCAAUUUCUCUCCUUUCAUUCACAUAUUCCACGAAUUAAUGCAAGCUAAGCUUGACCCACCUCUCGAAUCCAUCUGGGUCUACGCCGGAUUAACCUUUCGUAGCCGAAAUUUACAGAAAGAUGACAUUUUGGAUCGGGUUACUGUCUCGAAGGACUUGUUUCAAUUGGUAUCGGCGUGUUCGGGCUCAUGUAGUUCUUCGAAGAGCAUAGCAUUGCUCGCUCCGGUGGUAUUCGAGGUGUACAAAGUGGUUGUGGAGUUGCUUGGGAAGGACUUGGCUUCAAAGAGAGAGAGGAAAGCAAUGAGGGAGGCUAAGUCUUUGGUGGGAGUGAUUCUUGGGUAUGCAAAUGUGUGUUGUUGUAAGGAUUCUAGUGAGGAAUCCAUUGGUUCGAAUUUGAUUACGCCUUUCGUGGAUUUAGUUCGUGUUUGGAUGGAUUCUGAUGAUGGAAUAGACUCUUUCUUGCCGCUUGUAAGUGGCGAAAUUCGUGAAAGGUUUAGUGUAGGAGGUUGUGUUGAUGUUGUUUACCUGGCGGGAGUUGUUCUUGCAGAGCUGUUUCUGUUGGAGCUUUGCUUGAAAUUCACAGCUGGAAUUGCGAGGGAGGAGUUGGAGAAGGAGUUGAAGAUUUGGACUGUUGGUUCAAUUUCUGGCUUUCAGAGCUUUUACUUUUUUGAGACCCUCAUCCGGAUGCUGCAGGAGGAGAUUUUGCCUGUGACUUCCCUCUUGAGAUCUGAAGAUGAAGUUUUGUUAAGAAAAGUCCUCUAUGAUGCUGUUAUAUUGGUUGAGUAUUCUUUUCUUAAUCCUGAGAGAGUGAUUAAUGUACCUACUGAGCACAUGAAAUGUCUUGCCAUGGCAAGACUGAUCAUUACACAUGAGGCCGUAGAAUUUUUCAGGGAAGGUGGGAAUCAGAUGAGAGCUAUCUCUUACAACAAUGCCUUCUCCAGUUCUCGUCUACCUUCCCAAAUUAUUAAAUGGGUCACUAACCAGAUUGGUUUGGAGGAAAAAGCAAAUAGAUCAUAUGGAUCCUCACCUAAAGCUCUUAUCAAGUGGCUGCUAAACCUUGAAAAUCAGGGAAUAAAAGUAUUUGAUGACAGCAUUUCAAGACGUCGUACCAAAAUAGUACUAGAUAAUUCCAAAGCAGACUUUGAGCAACCAGCAUCUAAGUUGGAGGACAUAAGAGUGGAUGAUGAUAUUCUCUUUUGUAUUGAUAAUAAGGGUGAAGACAAAGAUACAGAUAAGGAGAAGAUGAUCGCAUCCAUGAGUUCUGCAUUUGUAUCUGCAGCCCACACAAUGAAGUCAACAGAAAAUGAAGGAAGAAAACGGAAAGAAGGGUUAAGUGCUGAAAAGAAGAAGAUCAAAUUUGUCAAGUAUGACCUGGGUCAAAAUUCUGAUUCGACCAGAACAAGGUCCGCAGUUGUCAGUGAUGAUGGUGUCAGUAGUGAGAGUGAAGUUGACAAUCCAAUCUCCGACGAUGAUACAGAUACAAAGGAGUAGUUAGGUUCUUUGCAGGAGAAAGACCUCAAUCAGGCUAUUUUUAGCAACCUCACUUUUUGUUGGGUUCAUACUGUUUCUCAAUGGGAGUUUAUAAGAAUGUCAAUCAAUUUUGUAACAAAA